CAGGUGCUCACACCUUUUCGACUCUGACUGUUAGACCUGGAAAAAAUGCCACUCUGACAUGUCAAAAAUAGGAGCACUGACAUUGUAUUAUUUUGGAUCCGGCUUGUUUCUGGAACGUUUCCUGAAGUUUUAGCUGCAACGACAUCUUCCAAUUUAGGCUUUGUUGAAUAUGGACCAUUGAAUACUGGAUGUCGCAUCGUAGCCAUAAAAGAAUCAGGAACAUUUGAUCUGCGAAUUAGUCAAGUACAGAAAAGUGAUACGGCGGUCUACUACUGUUUAAAAGUGCAAGGACAUGACAUGAUGUUUGUAAAGGGAGCGUUUCUUCAGAUCACAGAACCAGACCCCUCUGUGUCUGUUGUCUCUGAAGUCCAACCAGGACAGCCUGUGAAGUUCCAGUGCUCAGUCCUCUCCCAGUCUGGGAAUGAAAUCUGUCAGGAUGGACACAAACUUCACUGGUUCAGAACUGGACCAGACAGCGUCCAUCCCAGCUUCGUUUACACUCAUGACAAAUGCAAGGGGGUCAAAGAUAACUUCACGCAGAAAUGCAUCCACACUUGCUCAAAUAAUUUCAGUGCCCUCGAUGUUGGAACUUACUUUUGUGCUGUGACCACAUGUGGGAAGAUUUUCAUGGGAAAUCCAAUAAAAGUCAAGAAUGACGAUUUCAACAGGUGUGAUUCAAACACAUGCAGGAUUCAAAGAGAUGUUAUCUUUGUGUUGAGUGCUGCUUUGGCCUUAUGUUUCAUCAUGUCAGCCUUCCUCGUCAACAAGAUCAGGACAAAACACUGUUUUUGCCGCAAAGUUUCAGCUGGUCCACAAACACUUGAUGAAACGCCCUGUCGUGUCCAGCAGAGCGACGAGAACUCUUUGGUUUAUUCAAUGCCGACCAUCGUCACCAGGAAAACCGGAAAACCCAGGCAUAAAAAUGCGAGGGCAACAGAGGAAUUUAACACUUACGCAGACGUCUGUCUUCGUGACUCAAUCCUAGAGACGCAAAAUUAAAAUGUAUUCCAAUACACAUUCUUUUACUAUUACAAAUUAUUUAUCACUUAUUCCCUGUAAAGAAAUAGUGACCUUGUACAUUAAACACAGGAAGUGAACAAACUAUCAGUAAUUACGGCGACACAGAAGGGUUAAGAUUAACUCGCUCUGCUUCUUCCAACUCCUUUUUGGACACGUUGAAAUGCGCAGGUGUACUUCAGUCUAACUUUAACAAGCAUGUUCAAAAUAAACUAAACCAGUGGUUUCCAAACUUUUUACAGUCACGUACCCCUUCAGACAUUUGAGCUCAAGCCAUGUACCCCCUACUCCUGCACACUUAAAAAAACAUAAACCUUUUAUCUUAAUUAACUUAAAUAUUACACAUAAUUAAUUGGUUAAUUUUGUAAGAAUUCUGGGUCAAAAAUGUGCAUUAUGCAAGUUUCAUAUGAGCACUGAAAUAGAUAAGUAAGAUUAUUUUUUUUUGCAUCUUUUGACAAAAACAUUGUCAAACUUUGUCUUUGUAAUAUGGAGGAACCACAAUCAGAUGGACCUUUAAUUUAUUGUGAUUUCAAAGUAACCUGGUGCAAGUAACAGCAAAUGUAAUAUGGUGAACGAUACUACAGUAGUAGUAAGCCAAAGGAUGAAAACUAUCAAAAAUAUUUAUUGUACUUUUGUGCUGAUUUGUCCACCAUGUUUAUUUCCAAAAUCAAUAUCCAACAUACACUUACUGUAUAUGCUGAUGUUAAUGCUAUGCUUAGCACUGCAGGAAACAGUAAAUAAAAAGCUGCAAUGGUGAUAAUCAACUUAGUGCUCAGUGUGCUUUCACGUAAAAGGGGGUGUUUGAUGUCGUAUUAUUCUGCUUCCGCGCAAAAAUGUAACGAUCCCGCACGGUGGUCUACUGGCCAACACAGUAACAGCUUGGAGAUUGGGAAGACCUGGGUUCGAUUCUCCCCUGAGCAUUUCUGUGUGGAGUUUGCAUGUUCUCCCCGUGUGCGCGUGGGUUUUCUUCGGGUACUCCGGCUUCCUCCCACAUUCCAAAAACAUGCAGGUGAGGUUAAUUGACCAGUCUAAAUUGCCCAUAGGUAUGAAUGUGAGUGUGAAUGGUUGUUUGUCUAUAUGUGCCCUGCGAUUGGCUGGCGACCAGUCCAGGGUGUACCCCGCCUGUCGCCCGAAGUCAGCUGGGAUAGGCUCCAGCAUGCCCUCACGACCCUAAUGAGGAAGAAGCGGUAUAGAAAAUGGAUGGAUAGUUCCUCUGUAACUAAAUUUAUGUGCCUUAGUUCCUCGGUAAGUACUGUACCCAUUAGUUCCUCAUUUGUUGUUCAUUAGUUCCUCAGUAACUAGUCUAACUUUAUGUACCUUAGUCAUUCGUUCCUCAUUAGUUUGUCAUACAGCAACUACUGUAUUUUUGUGUACCUUAUUGUAAAGUGUGACCUUGUGCGCGGGCUAUAAUAUAUAAACAAUAUAUGUUUUCUUUUUUUAUUG